CUCCUCGUUCUUCUCCUCCUUCUCCCCCCUCCCGCCGCGGCGUACACUGCUCGGUACGCGAGUAGUCUCUCCCUCUGCUCCCCUAGUACCCCUACCCCUCCGUUGCUCUCCCCUCCUUAACAGGGCGCUAUUUACCCUCGCAGUUUCGGCGACGACCGAGCGUGGCGCUGCGCUCUUGCGUCGCAUCUCGCGUUCGGUGUGUGUUGUGUCGACGUGCACGGCGGCGUCAGACUCACGUUAGCGCGCACAGUCCCACGCGGAACUUCGCGCGUGUCCGUUGCUCAAAGUGUCAUCGCGAAUCGUGGUUUCGCGUUCGCGUCCGACUUCGCGAUGUCUCUAUUUUUUCCGUCCGUCGAGGAACAAACAACGAAGCACGGUUUCGUCGUCGUGUCGUGUUGAACGAAAACCGUUCUCGAUUUCACGGGCCGGGCCACGCCGUGAAUCCCGACGACGACGACGACGACGACGACGACGACGACGACGACGACGACGAUGUCGCGUGUGUGCCAACGAAACGGACGGACGACCCGUUACGGGAAAAGGAGAAAAGACGACGGACGAGAAAAGAGGAUGGACGAGAGAGGAGAGAGAGAGAGAGAAAACAACAUAUUCGCGGCCAUUUUAACUGCGUCGUACGCUAACCCGGGCCACCCAGUGUGUAGUACGAGAGUCAGAGAACCUCCGUAACGUCGCCGCUCUCUCUCUCCUUAGGCUUAAACUGCGUCUCUCGCGUGUGCGCUUUGCUUCUGCGCACGCGAGUCGGUACAUGUUUUCUCACGCAUACAUCGGACCGUUCAUGACGCUCGUGCGUUACGCACACUUUCACGUUUUCGACAGAGUUGUUUGUCGCGUUCGGGACCGUGUUUCGUCACGAUUCGAAGCCGAGUCGGAGAAAAUUGACAGUGAUGGGGGAGAGGGGGGGGAAAAGCGUACAUGGAAUCGUCGAUACAGUGACAAAACAGGGACGGGAAGCGACACGCGAACGAAUCAACGAACCAACCAACGAACGAACGAACGAACGACGAACGGUCAACGGAACGUGUGCGCUCGACCGAGUGCGAAGAACGUAUACGGUCGUGAUCGACGAAAUCGUCCCCCUCGUGAUAUUCGACGAAUACGAGGACGAUAACGAAGGAAGGAAGGAACGAACGAUCAAUCGAAAUAGAAGAGCGAGGAAAUUUGUUCAGCCGGUAACAACGAACUUGACAACGACCGGAGUUAUCCUAUGAUAAACCGUGCGGAAGAAGAAAUUGGAAAUGGACGAUGGGAUAAUUAAAAGUGCGCGAAGAGUAUCGAGAAAUAAAAUAUAAGGUGUAUAUAUAUAUAUAUAUAUAUAUAUAUAUAUACACGACACGCAAUAUGUAUAUAUGUAUACAUAUAUACAUAUACAAUACAUAUAUAUAUGUGUGUAUAUAUAUAUACCAUGUCGACGAGACGAAGAAUCGUCGUAAAUAAAUUCUGUGGUGAGACGAGGAGCGAAGAAAAGACAAGGAUGGGAGGAUUUACGGCAUUAAACGACGACGAAGCAUGGUGGACGAUAGGAUAGAGGGAAAGAACCGAAAACCCAAUCUAUCGACUUCGACGUCUCGCAUUCCCCGCGAUCGAUCACCAACCUGAGAAUACAGCCCGACCGUUUUCAACCGAAGAUGCACCGUCCGCGUUUUCUCCAAUCGUUUCCUCACACCGACACUCUCGCACCGUCCAAUGAUGCGUCUGCCGUGCGUUGUUCAGGAUUUGGAACGAACCCGUCCUACUUUCGUCUUACGAGACAAAGAAUCGGAAGGAUGUUGGUCGAGGUGUUUCGCACUGCUGCAAACAAUGGCACGAAACUUAACGUGAACGAAGUGAUGCAAUCGGUGCAACAGAUUGUCGAAGAUCCUGACACGCAAGUUCGGUUGGACCUGGUGGAGCAUAUACCUCAUGUGGCGACGAUCUGCCAAGAAUCUCCUCAUCUAUUCGACAAUGUCGUUCACGAUCAUUUGCUCGGUAUCAUUAUCAAAUAUCUACAGGACCAAGAUAACCAGGUACGAAUGACAGCCCAGACAGCGGUGUUAACGUUAACGAAGAAGGGAGUUCUCGACAACAUCACGAUCGAGGUCAAACUGUGUCCCGUAAUAGAAACCCUCUGUAGGUCCGUCGAUUUCCUUAGCUCUGGCAUCUCCCUCAUGUGCAAAAUGGCGCCGCUCAUUGGCAAAGAGAUGACAGAAAAGAUUUUUCUGGAUAGAUACAUCGCUCUCUGCAAAGACAAAGAAUUUUAUACGAGAAAAAUCUGCGCGUCGCACUUUGGCAAACUUUGCUCCGCUGUCGGGAGGAAGACUCUUUUCCGAAAAUUGUUUCCGGUAUUUGUCGAUCUGUGUUGCGAUACAGUGUGGGGUGUCCGAAAAGCGUGCGUGGACGUUAUGAUGCCAGUUUCGUGCUGUAUGACUCUUCAACAUCGUCGAUUACUCUUGGCAGAUCUUCUUGCCACGCAUCUUAACGACGAUUCGAAAUGGGUGCGAAUGUCUGCCUUUCAAAUUUUAGGACCAUUUAUAUCUACGUUCGCGAAACAGUUUACCGAAGUGACUUAUAAUCAACAUGGUGAAUUAGUAUUUACCAGUCAACAAGAUACUCGUUUCAGUAUAAGGUAUUUGUACGAAGGAAUAUUCCCCACUAAGUGCGCGAUACGGAGUCAUACGCUCGACGCAGAGGAUCAUAAUUCUAAGGAUAACUUCAAUUUAUCUGUGAUAAUACAAAAACCAAUUUUCGAAGAAGACGACGACGAGGAUGAGUCUCAGGAAGAUCAUAUUUCCAGAAUGAGAGCUUAUAAAUCGAAGAUACAGAGAAAGCAUCUGAAAAAUGACAAAGAUGAUCAAAAUACAUUGGACGACACGGAAAAUUUUAAUCCAUUCCUGUACUAUUACAUAGCACCGGAUCUUCCAUUGGACGACGAACUUGUCGAAGCUGCCAAAAAAUCCGCGGCGCAAAAUAAUGUAAAUCGGAAACAGCCGUUGAUCGGCAUUACAGCUUCUAGUAAAGCAUCGUUAUUAGAUAACAUGUUAAAAGAAGACAAAUAUUCGACGGACAAAUUCGAUGUUAUCAAUUUCAACGAUCAAGAGAUCGUCCCUCAACAUUUGAUCGAUUCGUUCUUGUCAAUGGCCGAGCCGGAACAAUGUUCAGACAUGGGUACGGAUAUUCCUCAUCAUUGCGCUUUUAGCUUUCCCGCGGUUGUGCUCACGUUAGGGAAAGAAAAUUGGCCAUAUUUGAAGCAAGCUUACCAAUCUUUGGCAAGUGCCAAUCAAUGGAAAGUGAGACGCACAUUAGCCUCCAGUAUCCAUGAAAUCGCUAUUAUUCUUGGAGAGGAACUUACCGUCACUGAUCUUGUUCCGAUCUACGAUGGAUUUAUCAAAGAUCUAGACGAGGUCAGAAUAGGUGUGCUCAAACAUCUAGCGACAUUUUUGAAAAUACUCAAACCGACCGAUCGUCGCCAAUAUUUGCCAAGACUGAAGGAAUUCCUUUCCACCGAUACCGAGUGGAAUUGGAGAUUUCGGGAAGAGUUGGCCACUCAAUUGUUAGAAGUUGUGAAUCUGUUUAAUCCUGCGGACGUAGAACGGCACAUAGUAUCAUUGUCUCUUGAAUUAUUGCGCGACAAAGUUGCUGCUGUGAGAUAUGUUGCGCUUUCUUUGGUUACGCAAAUAGUAGCUCAUCUAUCUGACAACGAACGUCACGUAACGGCGCUAUUUCAAGAGCUUAGAUUUUCUCUUGUAUAUGCAAAAAAAUGGAUCAGAAGGCAAACGUUCGCUUUUGUGUGCGCCAAAUUAAUAUCAAGCAACGCUAUCAGUGGGGAUAGAUUUUCCCAGGAAAUGUUACCUAAUUUGUUAAAAUUAUCCACCGACAAAGUACCAAACGUAAGAUUAGUUGUAGCGAGAACAUUAUCGAAGAACGUUAUUCCUAUGGGAUCAGAAUGGUUGGGAGUCGAACAGGCGGAAGAAGUAGAGAAAAGACUCAGAGAGAUGAGAUCAGAUCCGGAUAGAGACGUUCGAAUGUUAGCCGGUGGCGAGGAGAAUUCUGUAUUAGAUAUAUUGUCGCAAACGAAAACCGAACAGUCGAACAAAAACAUAAUGUUUUAACGAAGUCGAACGAGAAUCAAGUUCUAAUCUAUUUCCUGCCACGUGAAACAAUUUUAUAUCGAACUCUGCCAAGUGAAAGAAUGAAGAAGAAAGAAUGUCGUAUGAAAGUUCUUCCACGUGUGAAUUAUCUUUGUAAAUGUAAGAGGAAAAUUGAUUGGAUGGAAGAAAUAACAAUUUUGUUAUAUCAAGAAAACGAAUGAAAAAGUUUUUUCGAAGAAUAAGCUGGUGUAUUUGUGAUGUAAAAAAAAAAAAAAAGAAAAGAAAAGAAAAGAAAAGGGAGGAAAAAAAAAAAAAAAAAAAAAAAAAAAAAAAAAAAAAAAAAAGCUCAAGUUUUACAGAAGCGAACAAACAAACAAAAUAUAAUACUAUUUAGUGCAGUUAAGAUAGAAAAAGUGCAACUUAGCGUUGUUGUUGCAACCAAGGGACCGAUGCCCUUUUAGAUUAUAAGACAGAUUAUAAAUAUCAAUGGUUAAAAGACAUUGCACAGUUAUAUAAGAGUGUGUGUGCGUGUUUAAAAAGAAGUGAACAUACACUGCCACUCAAAAGUAUUAGGACAUUCAAUUGUAAUAAAUACUUGUAAAAAGUUAUGAAAUCAUCGAAUACUGAAAAUUUCACUAAAUUUUAUGUACUCUAUUUUGUACCGUAUUAGAGAGAAUAUAUUUUACCGAUAAUUCCUUAAAUAUUUCUCGCCAAUAAUAAUAAAUAAUUAUAUUAUUGUCUCAUA